ACGACACAGAAAAUUGCAGUAAACUAACGAUGAAAUGACAUUAACGUGUGGAAAUACAUUAAUAAUGCUUUGGAAGACGUUAAAGACAGCGUUAGGAGAUUAGAAAUGAUCUUUAUUAGGAAAAUAGAGCUAUUUCUGCGUUGCAUAUCAAUUGGGUCUAACGCUUUCCAAUACGUGAGCUGUGGUCCAAUUGGCGAGGGUCCGCGCAUGCUCCGUGGACGUUAAGGUGGUUUUUUAUCAAAAAAUAAUAAUUUUACUUAGUGUCAGUGAUGUAAAGGACAUCUGACGCCGCCGGGCGACCCGGCUGGCGUGAAAAAUGUAGUAGAAAAAUAGUCUUACUAAAAAGUCAACAUACGAUUAGUUUAGUGAAGCGUUUAAUGUCAAUUGUUAUAGUGUAUAUCGAUUGUACGUAGAAUUAUCGUUGUUUUUAGGUAAAUUUAUUAUCAGUAAAUAUCGCUAGAACAAAAUGCCGGACUGGACGUGGUUGGUGUUUGCCGCGGUGUUCGGGGCCGUGUCGGCACUGUCUGUGCCCCUGGCGUUACUCAUCUACUUCGUGCGCCCCUUCGAGAAGAAGACGCAGACUACUGAAGACUACAGCCUGCCCGUGACUUUGCCACCCGAGGUACUGAACGAGCUAACUCGUGGCCUAGGCAAUUCGCCAGAGGGCGCUCUCAACACUAUGCUGCAGUUCAUCUUCCAACAAAGCACGGCGGACACUCGCUGGCUGCGCAGACGCAUGGCUUCGGAACUAGCAGAGUUGCUUGCCAAGACAUCGUCGGGGAAGAUCUUUGAGUCACUUACGCUGCGUUCCCUAGAAGUGGGUACCGAGUUCCCCAGCAUCACAAACCUUCGUCUGGUCUCGGGUGAACUAGAAGAGGACGGGGCCCGCCUGCGAGCUCUCGACCUUAAGUUCGACCUGGCGUAUGAUGGCAACUUCAGGAUCGAUGUGGAUGCCGUCAUGCUGCUAGGAAAAAUCGCUAACAUAUCUAUUACUGUGGAGAGCAUAAGUGGCAACGUAAGAGUGAUGUUUCGACGCAAUCCGUACACACAUUGGGCUCUCGCCUUCGAGACACAACCGAAACUUGAGCUCCGAGUGCGAGGCAGGUUCCAGGGGCGGCAGAUCAAGCCUAGACUGGCUUCAUUAGUGGCCUCACACAUUAGACGAGCCGUGGCACAAAGGCAUACGCUGCCUAAUUAUAAAAUACGAUACAAGCCGUUUUUCCCGAAGUCAGACCCCGGCAGUACGGAAGGCGACGAAGGGCCGUGUCCACACGGGCGGCUAACUGUCCGACUAAUGGAGGUCACGCGGCUACAGUGGUCGGGAGGAACUGCCACUGUGCGCGCGGCCUUAGCUGUUGACUCGCAUGGAUGGGUAUCACUUCGGCGCGGUGUCCUCGUGUUAGACGUGGUGUUGCCAGCAGUAGCGGGGCCAUUAGGCCUCGUGUGUUGCCAGGGUGUGGGAGCGGUUUUGGUCGACACUGUCGUGCCGAUGUCGCCUGCGUACCGCGCCGAUUUGAGGAGGGAUGAUAUCGUGCUGGCUAUUGAUAAUAAGCCCGUUAAUAAUGUUGCUCAGGUAGGUAAACUCCUCCGCCUAGUAGAACGCCGCGCGGUCACAGUGCGCGUGAAGCGCGGCGGCAGCGGCGCGGCGGCGCGACGCGACGAGGCCAGCGAGCCCAAGCGCAUGAAGCCCAACUUCUCCUUCCGACGAGUGUCUGAGGUCAUGGAGGGGGUGAGGUUACAGGGCAUGAGGGCUGCGGCUUCGAAGAGUAAUUUGCAGGAACCCGAAUCCAGCCCAGCGAAAACAGUAGAACCGCAAAACGAGACUGAUGCACAAGCCAAAUCUAAAACAGAAGCAGCGCGCCAACCGAAGCCUUCCGAACAGCCUUCGGCUAACUUCGGCCUUCGCAAGCGUCGCUGCUCCGUAGAAAAUAAGUCUUCCGAUAGCUCCGCCGGCAGUACCCCGCCGGCCUCCGGUGCCAGCACACCCCUGCGACAAGCUAACGUCAUCAACAAAACCGUCAAACACCCCGACAUACCCAUCAUUAGAACUGACUCUUCAGAAUGUAGGGUAGCUGAGAAAGAGACGGCUGAAGAGGAAGAACAAAUGUUCGAGGUUGGAGGUCCAAGACAAUGCGAACAUGUUGAGAUUUGCCAAAUGUUUUGGACUAAACAUACCCCUUUGAAACCUAUCAUACCGUUCGAUGAGGAGACAGAGUUCAAACUAAAUGAAAAUCAUAAGUAUUUGAAUAUUAACGUCUGGGCAACAGUAGCUGGUGAAAAAGAAGAGAUUCUGUUAGGAUAUCUUAAUAUUCCUCUCACGGCUUUGUUAGCUGAAUGUCAGGAUUCCACGGUACCUCAUCACAUGAAGAGGUACCAGUUCUUACCGCCCGAUGUUGAUAUAAAGUUCAGAAGCCGCGCCAUUAAAAACAGUAGACGAUCCGCAAAGCGCAGAAUUUGCGCAAAACGCCGAACUUGCGCAAAAUAUAUAAUUAUAACAAAAUUCCUUUUCUUGCAUGUCUUCUCGCACCUAAAUCACAACAAAAGCCACAAGUUAUCAUCACACGCUGGCUUCGAACCCUGCCUCUGUUUCGGGGACGCACUAGUCUGGUGGGAAUGGGAAGGUCUGGGCCCCGCCCGGACCGCGCCCCGAACAUCCCGGGACCCCGUGCUACCCAGGCCCCCCAAACCGACGAGAGCAAGCCAUGAUUUCGUGCGAACACAUUUCCAUAGAUCAACUCAAUGCGAUUUCUGCAAUAAGAAGAUAUGGCUGAAAGAUGCGAUGCAGUGCCGCAACUGUGGUCUCUCUUGCCACAAGAAAUGCGUCACCAAGUGUCAGGAAUCUUCGCCGUGUAUUCCGAAACAGGAUAGAGAUUCUUCGAACACGCUAAGCUGCCCGCCACCCGAGUUGAUCAUGACUGAAGCGGACUCGAUUGCUGAUCCCGAUUCCGAUGAUGAACCCGAGAGGAAAGACUCACUUGAUGUUCAUGAGGAGGGUGGAGGUGCAAUGAGUGCUCUGGUGGCCGGACUAAGACGAGCAGGGUCCGCCCAUUCCCUCUCAGCGCCGAAGACAAACGCAUCUUCUAGAUCUUUACCACCAUCACCCAGUCACACGCCCAGCCCGUGUGACGUAAAGGAAGCAGUCGCUGGAGUCGGGCAACCCGUUCGGCGCUUGCGGCGCGACGUGGCUGGCGAAGGGCGGCGUGAGCGCAAUGCUGGCGCCGGCGCUGCGCAGCGCUCUGCCGCCGGACGUGCUGCUCGCGGCCGCGCGGGACUCCGCGCCUGAGCUGGCCAGCAGGCUCACCGCCCAACAGAUACAUGAGAUGUUACUAGCCGUACGAGAAGAGUUAUCAGCCGAGGACGCAAGCAGCGCGGGCGACGGCCCCGGCGGCGAGGUCCGCGCAUGCGCGCUGACCGCGCUCAUGCUGCAUUGCUGUGCAGCAGCGCAACUCGCGCAGCAGCGGACCGACGCGCCUACUUGAUGAUAUUACAUUAUUGUUCAUUGUGAA